UUCUUUGACAAAGAAAAUUACUUGUAAUAUUCAUAGGUUUGAUGUCCCUAAUCAAAAGUAAUCGAUAAAGACCUUAUGUUAUGCUAAUGAUUUCUUGAAAACAAACAAGUAAAAAUAUAUAUAUUUAAAAUCACUCAUCCCGCCAUGAUCGCCCCCACUUGCACCAUCAAUUUGAUAUAAAUAUGUUGAUGAGGGAAAAACAGGAAGGGCCUAAGCUUCUAAUUUGACGGGAGGACACUGAAUCUUUAUAUGAAGUGGUGAUGGGUGUUGUUGAACUGUUAACUCUAGAUGCUGCUUGUUUCUGAUGGAAAAAGAUGGCUAAGUGAGUUCUUUUUUGGGAGAUUAAAGAGUGUUAGGAAGCUAAAAUUUGGGGUUCUGAGUUAUUUAAAGGACAGAAGUUGGUGGUGUUUUCUGUAAAACAAGAGACAGAAGAUAAGUGCUGUAAUUGUUUAUGCAUUUUGGUAUUGACAAUGAAGCUGUGGAAUUUUUCCGAGGCCUUUGUUGCUGGUUUUCUUGUAUUUUCGAGUUUCUCUUGCUCAGAGAUCCCUCCUUAUAGCAUGUUUGUUAGAAAGGCAACUUCAGCUCCGCCGGUUGUCUACUACGACUACAUUAUAAUCGGUGGAGGAACUACUGGCUGUCCAUUAGCCGCCACUCUUUCACAUGGUGCCACUGUUCUAGUUCUUGAGCGCGGUGGCUCGCCAUACAGCAAUAUGAACAUAACCCAUAUCAAUAAAUUUGCCACCACCCUAUCAGACACCAGCCCCUCAUCUCCAAUCCAAGAAUUCGUCUCUCAGGAUGGAGUUAUCAAUGCUCGUGCACGAGGUUUAGGGGGUGGUUCGGCUGUGAAUGCAGGAUUUUACACCCGAUCAAGUCCGCAUUAUGUGAAGAAAGCUGGUUGGAAUGAGAUUAUGGUGAAUCGAUCUUACAGAUGGGUUGAGAAACUGGUGGCAUUUGAGCCACCAAUGUUGGAAUGGCAAGCUGCAGUGAGGGAUGGUCUAACUGAAGUAGGAGUUCUGCCAUACAAUGGUUUCACUUAUGAUCAUAUCCAUGGGACUAAGGUCGGAGGGACGAGCUUUGACAAAGAGGGAUGCAGGCAUACUGCAGCUGAUUUACUUCAGCGUGCUAUUCCCAAGAAUCUUAAAGUUUAUUUACACGCAGUCGUCCAUAAGAUCUUGUUUCAAUACAAAGAAAGAAGACCUAAAGCUUUUGGAGUGAUAUUCAAAGAUGCAAAUGGUGUUAAGCACAGAGCAUACCUGAAGAGAAACUCCAAGAAUGAGAUAAUUCUCUCAGCUGGGGCAAUUGGAAGCCCACAGUUAUUGAUGUUGAGUGAUGGGCCAGCCCGUCAUCUUAUGGCCCAUAAAAUCAGGUUGGUCUUGGACCAGCCCAUGGUAGGCCAGGGAAUGGCUGAUAAUCCAAUGAACAUACUCUUCAUACCUUCGCCCCGACCAGUUGAGGUCUCUCUAAUUCAAGUUGUGGGAAUAACAAAGUUUGGCAGCUACAUUGAAACAGCCAGUGGAUUAAGCUUUGAUCGUUCUUUGGCUCAUAGACUCUCAGAAAGCUUUGAAUUACUCUUCAAUCAGAGUGACAAACCAUUCACAAUAGCUCCAGAAGCACUGGGGAGAGCAACUCUAUUCAUAGAGGCAACCUUAAGAGGUGGAAUCAUAUUGGAAAAAUUAAUGGGUCCAAGUUCCACAGGUCACUUGGAGCUCCAGAACACUGACCCACAUGACAAUCCUUCUGUAACCUUCAACUAUUUCAAAGAACCAGAGGAUCUGAGGAGGUGUGUUGAAGGGAUGAGAACAAUUAUAAAUGUAGUAAACUCGAAAGCUUUUUCAAAGUUUCGUGAUAGAAAGUAUCCAGUGCAGACCCUUCUCAAUCUGAUAGUGAAUUUGCCUCUCAACUUGAGACGUAAGCAUGCUAGAGCUGCUGUUUCUUUGGAACAGUUUUGCACCGACACUGUCUUGACCAUAUGGCAUUACCACGGUGGCUGUCAAGUUGGUAGAGUCGUUGAUCAGGAUUACAGAGUUUUCGGUAUUGGUGCUCUUCGAGUUAUUGAUGGAUCAACCUUUCAUCAAACUCCUGGAACCAAUCCUCAAGCUACCGUGAUGAUGCUUGGAAGGUAUAUGGGAAGAAGGAUAUUAAAAGAGAGACAUUCUUUUGGAAUGAAGCAGAAGAGAGUUUGAUACUCUGGAUUUCAGAGUUGAAAGUUGAAAAAGUAAAUGUAGCAUAAUUAUUUGUACCCAUUUUCAAUUGUGAUUUGGAAUUUUGCCCGGUCUGAAAGUUGCAUAAAUAUUUUGUUACCAAAAGAAACAUCGCCUAUUGAAGAACCUUUAGAUAAGAACCAUCAAAUGAAAUAUUGAUGAUCUUUUCCCAUGAGAUUCUUCAAGAGCUAAUCAUUUCAAGUUAUUUUGUUAGAAUAUAAGAUUAGAGAGAAACUAAAAAGAAGCAACUGCACACCGUAAAUCAUUAAUCACCUACCU